GGAAGGCAAGAGUGAGUAGUGUCAGUGUUGUAAACGCAGUGUUGUGAUGUGGUAGUGUGUCUCCUGCUCCCGGAAUCUACACUAGAAUGACAUUGUAUUGGAUUUACAUGAGUGGUCGGUGAAGCAGAGAGCUGAGAAGAGCAGAAUGGAGGCGAUGUGGCGGGUGGUGGGCCUCUGCGUGCUGGUGGCGGCGUGCUGCAGGGCGGAGUUGUGUGACGUCACCUCGAGACAAGCCAUCAUCAUCCUGGACAUCACGGAGAGCCUGGGAAAUCAAGUGGACCAGCUGACAACACCUCCUGAUCUGCCACUGGAGGGCGACCCGCAGACGGAGGUGGAGUUGUCACUGGACGAGGAGGGCAGCAAGCAUUUCGCCCUCAAUGGAAGCCGCCUGCAGCUGGUGGAGCCCUUGGAUAGCGACCUCAACCCUUCCACCCUACGCUUCCAGGUGUCAUGCAAGCCUCGGUCAGGCCCCGGACAGGUGAACUCCGUGCCCGUCAUCGUACGAGUCACCGACAUCAACGACAACCCGCCUGUUUUCUCCGGCCUGCCCUACUCCGUCACUGUCCCAGAGCUGACCCCAGUCGGCACCACCAUCUUCAAGGACGUUCAUGCUGAUGACCUUGACUCAGGUGUGAACGGGCAGGUGUACUACAGUAUCAUCCCAGGCGACGAGCGGGGGGAUGCGACAGACGGGUAUGGUAUCUUCAGCAUCACCCUUCCCCACCAGGGCCUCGUCACCGUCAACAGAUCCUUGGACUUCGAAAGAUCCCCUGUUUACCGCGUCACUAUUCUUGCCACGGACCGCGCGCAGAAAGUCUCGGGCCGUCUCAGCACCACCACAACGCUCACAGUUAUGGUGGAGGACAGCGAUGACCAAGAUCCGGUGUUUGAGUACGCCUCCUGCCCCAGGGUGGGAAGGAUAUGUGCUAACCCUGAGUACUCGGCCACGGUCACCUCCAUGGAAGUGUCUGGGGUGUUGAGUGUGAAGCCUGAGAGGAUAUUUGCCAAGGAUCUGGAUGCCAUUGGUACCCCCGUUAGGUACUCCUUCCUGUCUGGCCGCCCCGGGACCUACGAUCGCUACUUCGCCAUCAACCCCGAAAGCGGCUCUGUCACCCAGACGCACGCCAUAGACCGCGCCGUCACCAGACAGUUUGAGAUUGUUGUGAAGGCUGAGGAGAACAGCGAGGCCCGGAGAUUCGCCACAGCCAAAUUACUCAUCAAGGUGGCUGGUGUGGACGCCUCACCGCCUGUGGUCACCGCCUCUUCCUACACCGGCAGUGUAGACGAGAAUGCUGCCCCGGGCACGCCUGUCACCGAUGACUACCCAAAGCCACGCCCCAUCACGCUCUCCGUCACCGAUCCUGACUUGACCCCGGAGGAUGACCCACCAACUUACACCUGGGAGCUCACCACCACUGCCUUCCGUGUGGACCCCGAGGGUGUGCUGGUGGUGGCCGAGGAGAACCUGGACCGGGACCCGCCCAACCCUGGCGUGUACACCUUCCAGGUGGUGGCGAGGGAGGCGGGAGAGGACGGCGUGGCAGCAGCACCCAUCACCAUCACUGUUGUGCUCAAUGACGUCAAUGAUAACCCACCAAGACUCCCAGUGUAUCCGCCAGUGUCCAUCCAAGCAGGGGCAGCCCGUAGGGUGGUGGCAACGAUCACUGCCAAGGACAUUGACGCAGGGGCCUAUGCUGAGGUGGAGUACAGCAUCUAUCAUGUCUCCAACAACGGUAGGGACAAGUUCUCCCUUAAUGCUACAACGGGAGAGCUGGCAGUAGUGGGGCCAGUAGAGUCUGGCGAGCAGUAUUCUGUGACUCUAAGGGCAACAGACCGAGGGGGACUUUAUGGCCAAAGUAUUCUUGACAUCAUUGUGAACCGUGGACCCAACACAGGAGGCCCGGUCUUCACUCAGCCCCGCUACUCUGUCACCAUUACUGAGGGAGCUGAGCCGACCUCUGCCAUCCUCACUCUCAGUGCACUGGAUCCAGAAGGUGAUUUAGCCAUCUACUCACUUGUUGGCGGCAAUGAUCUGAACCACUUUGAGAUUGGAGAAAGUUCUGGGACGCUGAGGAUUGCUGACCACCUUGACCGGGAAAGUCUGGACUUGUACACUCUGAUUGUGAAGGCAGAGGACCCAGAUGGCUUGUCCAACACUGCCACUGUCACCGUAACCAUCGCUGACAUCAAUGACAAGAACCCAGAGUUUGUGGAGCUCCCGUACUCCUUCAGGGUCAACGAGGGACUUAAAGACGUGGUGGUGGGCACUGUCAAGGCAAUGGAUGAGGACACUGGGAUCUAUGGUGAGGUGUCUUACUCAGUGCCAGAGGAGGCGCUCUUCAGCAUUGACACCACCACAGGGGAGAUCAAGACCAAGCAGGCACUGGACUAUGAAAAGCAGCAGGUGCACCUCCUGGUGGUGACAGCGCAGGAUGGAGCAGCCGAUCCGCGCCUCUCCACGGCCACAGUGACAGUGCUCGUGAGCGACAUGGGGGAUGAGCUGCCUGUGUUCUCCCAACAGGUGUAUGAGGCCAGCGUGCCGGAGAACCAGGCUGAUGCAGUCCUCACCACCGUCAACGCCACUGAUCCUGACUCUGUUCCUGCAAUUACCUAUGUGAUGGUGAACGGAGACCCCAAGCUGUUCAGUGUGGAGCCCAAGAGUGGCCGCAUCACAACUGUGCGGGGCCUGGACUAUGAGGCGGCCCCACGGCACACCAUUGUGGUGGGCACCCUGGAAAACACCCUGGACAACCCCCAGGCAACAUGCUCAGUGCUGGUGACUGUCCUAGAUGACAAUGACAACCCACCAGUGUUCAGUGUUCCCCUGCCACCCCUCACACUGCCAGAAGACUCACCCCCUGGUACCUUGGUUGCCACUGUCCUUGCCACAGAUGCUGAUGGCACAAGACCCAACAGUGAGGUAACUUAUGAACUAGUGGGCUAUGGCAAGGCACCUGAUUACUUUGCUAUUGAUGGGGAAUCUGGUGCUAUUACUGUCAAGGUGGAUCUACAGGCUGAGCAGGAGUCCGACUUUGAACUGCAAGUGGUGGCAAGUGAUGGGGGAACACCACAGCUCACCACCACUUCCACUGCCUCCAUCUCUGUGGCAAGGAUGGGAGAGGAGCCACCACCCCCUGAGGUCUGGGCCACCUUUACAGACGCCCACUUCUCUGCUGAGGUACCCGAGGACGCCACUGCCAACACCCUGGUGAAGAAGCUGACGGUGCUGCACAGACCUGACUCACCCAAAAAGCUACGCUGUGCCAUUACAGGAGGCAAUGAGGAAGGUGUAUUUGGUAUGGAGGUGACAGCGGAGAGGCACUGUGGCGUGGUGGUGGUGGGGCCGUUGGACUACGAGGUGCAGCAGGACUACAGUCUCACUGUGGUGCUGGAGGCUCCUGAGGCUCCACCAAGCACCGAGAACAGGCAGGCGCAGGUCAAUGUAAGCGUCACUGACACGAAUGACAACAAGCCAGAGUUUAUCUUCCCAUCGCCAUACAAUGACCGCACGCAUGGCAAAUUCUUCGCCUAUGUUGCUGAGGAUUCCAGGAUAUCCACGCCUGUGCUGCAGGUGGUGGCUAAAGACAAGGAUUCUGGGGAGUUUGGCACAGUUGAAUACCACCUGGUGCCUGAGAGCAACAGAGGCGGUUACUUCAGUGUGGGGCGGGACACAGGACUAUUGAAGACGGAGCGGGAGAUGUCCUCAGUACCCCGUGAGCUGCUACCGUUCAACCUGUCAGUGAAGGCUGUGGACAAUCCGGGCCAGCGUGGUGGACCCUCCCACUUCACCUCCGUCCCUGUUAUUGUCAACUUGGUGGAGGACAUUCAUCGAAUGGUGCUGGUGGUGGAUGGCUCACCAGAACUCGUCAAGGACAAUAGAGAUGACCUUGUGGCAGUCCUGCAGGAACACUCUAAGCACAUCAUCGGCAUUGAAAAGAUUGAGUCGCGUCGCUUCAUGGGCAACAGCAGCAUUGUGCUGAGUGAUGCCACCGGCACCGAUGUUUGGUUCCACGUGGUAGAUGAGGCAAGCGGGCGGCUUCUCCCUCGCCAACACCCACAGCUGGAAAAAUUGGCAGAAGAGAAAGCAGAGAGACAGAAGCUGCUGUUCCAUGUGACAGCAGCGCUAGAUGGCAUGAAUGCCAAGGAUAUACGCCCCUGUCCUGCCUCCAGCCCGGUGACGGAGCCUCCCCCACUGCCUGUGCGCGAGGCAGCAACACUAGAAGCCUACUACGUGGUGCUCUUAGUCUUGGCAGUCAUCAUAGUGGUCAUGGGCAUGGUUGGCAUCUGCUACAUCUGUGUGCAGUGGAAGAGAUACAUGAAGCACCGUGACGAGACCAACAAGGCGAUGGUGGUGGUGGCUCCACCCUACGAGAGAGUGGCUGGCUCCGUUAUCGAGUCCACCAAGGAAUACGAAGUGCAGGUUCUGCAUAUGAGUGUACCAAUGGAUGAUGACUCGGUGCAGGACCUCACUCUGGACUCACGCCCCUCACACCACUUCUCCAUGGAUAAUGUGUCCUACAUUACCAAGCAGCAGUUGAGUGAUGAGAGCAGCAACAGGAGCAGUGAUGGUGGUGGCCACAUGCUGGAGGACCAUCACUUACCUCAUGAAGACUGGAACACACCCCCAGGCCAGCGCCACCACCUUGGCACCCACCAGCACCUGCCGCACAUAUCAGCCAUGGCAGCCUCCACUCCCUCAGGAAGGAACCCUGCUUACGAGCACUUUGAUGACCAUGACGACGAGGACGAGGGUGGGGAAGGUCCUCUGAGCGUCAGCGCAACUAACGAGAAUGUGAUGUUUGGGCGAAGAGGACUGACAGAGCCUUCCCCUGUGCAGACUACUACAGAACUUUGAAAGGAUGGAGUUAGUAGUGAAUUAAUAGUAAACUGCAAAGGAUGGAAGUUAUAGAGGAAGAUGCAAGGGACAGAAACAACUGGAGGAGACUCGUACAUGGUGCCAACCCUUCACUCCAGAGAAACAGUAAAAAAGAGAAGUUAGUAAUGAAGGAAAAUGCAAAAUGAAACAAUAAAACUUUAACAUCUUGUCAGUAUUCCUCCUGUUCUCAGUGAUGUCUGCUGCAGUGCUGGAGGGUGCCUAACUAAGCCCUGUGUAAAAUGAGCAAAUCCUUGAGCUUAAGUCUUCCCUUUCAUAACAAUUUGUUUUGUUUUGAAUAGGUGCCAGCCUCAAAACUUUUCAUGCAGUCUUAUUAUUUGGUCAGUUCUACAUAUCAGUGCUGGGAGAAAUGUGUACAUGUUAAUAUAAAGUGGAAUUCCUGGGUUUGUAUUACGCUGCAGUGUUAUAACAAAUAACAGAUACUCCAUGAUCAGGGGUUCUCAGCCUUUUGCAAGCUGGGACUCCCCAAAGUUGUUUCAAUGCAGUUGGGGGCCCCCAUCCUCCCUGUCCCACUCACUCCAGCUAUGCCACCAUAGAUAGAUAGAAUCAGAUAGAUAAAUAGCCCUUGGCUAAGGAUUACAACUGAAUCUUCGUUGUACUAAUAGCCAGUGAGUGUGAUUUUCCAUGAUUUUUUUUCCCCUCCUGUUCUGUGCUUGUGACCCCUGGGAGAGUGUCCAUGCCCCAACAGGAGAGUACCCCCCUCCCCCAGGUUGAGAACCAGUCCUAGAUCAUUUAGAAUUGGAAGCAGCAAAAUGAACUCAUAAUUUUUCGUCCUACUGGAUCCUGGAUGUUAAACAAAACAUCCAGUAGAGUGCUAAUAUAAAGACUUUGAUGUUCUUUUGAUAUAAUGGCUGUAGAAUUUGAUACAUGUUUUAUAUUUGUUAGUGAUAUGAAUUCCUAACAUUCUCUUUAUUAUAUGUCUUCACGGUAAUUCAUUUUAACACCAGUGCUUAGUCUCGCCUGUUUAAACCUUCCAGUGAACCAUCCCCAUUAUAACCUGGAAUAGAACCCACGAAUAUAAGCAAGAAAUUAAAUUAAUGAACUCCGAACCUUCUCCCAUAAUCUGAACCCUUUGGCAUAAUGGGUUCAUUUCCUUGUGUGGGAAAAUUGGGUGAGGUCCCUUCCCUAUGGAUUGUGACGAAAAAGAAAAAAGAAAGAAAAAAAAUGCACCACAGUAUUCCUGGUCUUUCCAAAGUUAUGGUUUUCUCUUGAAGAAAACAAAUGAUGUGGCCUUUUUGAAACAGUUCCCCCAGCAGUUUCUUCUAUAAACCCAUUCCAUGUAUUCAGAAAUGCUUUACUAUCUCAUCCCGACUAUUUUCAAAGGCCCCAUGUUAUUAGCCGUGCUCUCAAAAGUGUUUUUCUUUUUUCUUUUUUUUCAUUAAUGUAGAAAUCUUGUUAAUAUGUCAUCAAAACUAAGAAAAAAAAAAAACGUGCAACUUCAAUCAGAGCCUUUUUAAAGGAGUUGGGUUGCAGCGUAGAAGCGUAUUAGAAUGUGGUCCUGAAGUCCUAAAAAGUGCCCUCAUGUUCUGAAGCCACAGUAACCCUCCCGGUGCUCACUCACGUGCUCAAAUGGUUUAUUAGUGUGAUGAAAUGUGAAGCAAGACAAUGGGGGACAUAAAAAAAAAAAAACUUGAGUUUAUCGUGUGUUUGUGCGAAGUGAUGAUAGCCAAACUUUUGUUGUGCUGUGUUGUGUUGUGCGUUACUUUCAUGUUUUGACGUGAGGCUGUGUGUGUGUGCGUGUGUAAUUAAUCUUCAUUUACUUAUAUUGAAUUUAGUUUGAUAAAUAUUGUAUAAAAUUAAACAUGAUUUAUUUUUUAACUUAGGUUUAUUCGUGUGUGUGUGUGUGUGUGUGUGUGUACAUAUAAGUAAACAAUGUUAUAUUUGUAUUAAUACCUGCAUAAUACUGUACAUAGUCCAUCCUAAAAGUUGAUUCCGCCCUCUGUGAAUGUAAUGUUUGUAUUAUAGUGGUCGUACGUACUCGAUCACUCAAUAAAGGUGAACAUUCCUUUA